AUGGCUAAACCGUCGAAAUCAGAAGAGGAUUUUAUAGAUGACGACGAAACACAAAACGCUAAUCAACAAACCGGAUAUGCCUGGGAGGAAGAGUAUAAGCGUAGUUGGGAUGUGCUAAAGGAGGACGAAGACGGUAGUUUAAAACGUACCAUCGACCAUCUUCAAAUUCGAAAGAGGAAAAGGUUGCUUCGAGACACUUCAACCAUUCGACGCGGGAUUAUAAGACACAUGUUUUUAAUAAUAGAUCAGUCCGAGGCCAUGUUGGAAAAAGAUCUUCGGCCGUCUCGACUCGAUUUAACAUUAACCUAUGCGGAACAAUUUGUCCUGGAAUUUUUUGAUCAAAAUCCGAUCAGUCAACUUGGAAUCAUAGUUUCAAAGGGUGGCAUCGCAGAAAAACUUACAGGGCUGUCUGGUAAUCCUAUAGAGAACUUGAUCGCCCUGAGAAAUAAAAAAAAUUCUGACGCAGAUGGAGAACCAUCAUUGCAGAAUUCUCUGGAGCUGGCACGUUCGUCAUUGGUUUAUGCGCCGGCUCAUGGUACAAGGGAAAUUCUGAUAAUCAUGGGCUCACUGACGUCAUGCGAUCCCGGUGACAUAUAUGAUACAAUUGAAAACCUCAUGGCAGACAAUAUCUGUAUCUCCAUUGUCGGAUUAGCUGCCGAAGUUCAGAUAUGUAAAUAUAUGUGCAAAAAGACAAAAGGAACGUAUGGAGUCGUUCUUAAUGAAGCACAUUUCAAAGACCUACUUUUCGAAAUUAUUCCUCCACCACCGGUUUCUGUUGCCAAAAACGACACAGAACUUGUGAUGAUGGGAUUUCCAAGUAGUGUCAAUGAAACUUCUCCAUCCCUUUGUGCAUGGUAUGAUACCGCUUGUAUAUAUCGAUAUGCAGUUGAAAGGGAUAAAAUGCCUUUCCAAUCAUUUCCGGACAGUAGCAAUCCAAAAAAUGUAGAUAUAUCUAGUGGCGUAUACACCUGUCCAAAAUGCAAACAAUAUUUUUGUCUAGAUUGCGACGCGUUCGUGCAUGAGGUGAUUCACAAUUGUCCUGGAUGUCUGUCUACAUCGCAAAACAAUAAUCUCAUAAUGGACAUGAUGGAUCAGAUGAAUGGGAAUGGUGGUAACGGUCAAAAGGAGAUGAGCAUACCAGCUGCGGAUGAAAUUAUCAGUGCUACAAGUUUGGACAGCGAUUCUCGAGUCCAGGAAGGUUUUGAUUAG